AUGGAAGCACUCGACCCUGCAUCGAGUCUACAUGCUGUUGCGUCUGACACGCUCCUCAUUCCUUCUUGUGCCGGUGCGCAGAAAGUCACGACUAGGUACCAGCGAAGGACACAAGCACAAUAUCUACUGUUGUUUGUCGCCGGCCUACUCGGCUUUUACAAGUCCCAAAGCAACUUCAUUCGUGUUCUCAGUCUCUCUUGCAUUUUUCCUGGUACCGGGUUCCUAGCCGUAGGCGGUAUUAUCGGUGCGACUGGAUUUGUUCUUACUCUACUUGUCCUGCCUCUCAGCCUCUUCGCAUGGUUCGGAGCUGGAGGUCUUGUCUUUGUCCUGGCGAAUUGGAUUGUUCCCGGCAUCGCUGCUGCAGCAGUUGUUGGUGACUCGGUUGCCAACCAACCUAUGGAUGAUUGGGCCAACUUUACCCGCAUCGACCAGUUCCAAACAUCGGCUCUGCGAUAUCAGCUUUAUGAUGUACAGUAUACUCUUGCCGCUGUCCAGAAGUUCUAUAUGCCUAAUUUCCACGGAUACAUCAAAGCAGCACAAGAAAACGUCAUUGAAAAAAGCACUACCAAGGAUGUCAUGAAUUAUUGGAAAUGGGAGUCUCUGUGGGGUAAAUUCACCUUGCCUAAUUGGAUCUACUCCGCGUGUAACCUCAUUGGCAUGGAAGGUGCUAUAGCAUAUGAUUCGUAUCAAAAGACUGGUCGAGUCGCUACUUUACUUGAUGGCGACUAUCAGCGAGGCUUUGAGGAGGAUUUCACCGACCCAGACGGAAGUAUUGUUCCCCUCCGUUCGGCCAUAACCGGCUUCUCUAUUCCUGGCCUCGCAGGUGUACUGGGAGAUGCUGGGAGCGCACUCCAUUGCUCCGCAGGAAUGCCACACAUUGCUCGCCGCUUGUGGCACCUUUCCCGUGCAAGUGUCGUGCGCAAGGACGAAAAAGGAAGGUUUAUGCUCGAAAACUUAGGUAUGCUUAACAUCACAGCUUCAUGA